GCAACAUUUAGAGACAGAAAGACGAAGUAGACUAAUGCUCACGGUACAAAUUACCUGGGGACAUAUUGUGAAAGGUGCCUCAGGAUGAGUGGAGUGGAUACCCAGAGGAUGGGGACCAGGACGAGGAGAUCCCGUGUCGGCGGAUGCGCAGCAGCAGCUACGUCAAAGCCAUGGGAGAAGAAGACAACGACUCUGGUGGCGAAUCUGAUGGCAGCCCCAAGACCUCACCCCAGAAGGCCAUCCGACCCGACGCCCUCGUCCUCAAGUCAGCUAUGCAGAGACCCCACAUAGAACCCCAAAGUCAGAGCUACCACUUGCAAACCACCCGAGACAUGAUGCGGCCCCAUCCCAGUGUCACCCUGGACCCAGCCACCAACUACCCCCAACACCAUAUACCCCUCGGCCCUCAGUUCAGAUCCCGGAACCAGAGCUACAUGCGCGCGGUUAGCACCCUCAGUCAGGCAAGCUGCGUCAGCCAGGUGAGUGAGACUGAGGUCAAUGGCCAGUUUGAGUCAGUUUGCGAGUCCGUUUUUAGCGAAGUAGAAUCCCAGGCCAUGGAGGCCUUGGACCUGCCUGGCUCGUUCCGCACUCGAAGCCACAGUUACCUGCGUGCAAUUCAGGCUGGGUAUUCCCAAGACGACGACUGCUUGCCUUCAAUGACAUCCUCCACUGUCACUUCAACUCUCAGAUCCACAACAGGUAUCCAGUUUCGCCUCCCUUCUUCCUGCAGUGUGGACCGAGCCAAUCCACCUCCAGCGGUGACGCACACGCCUAGCUAUAAGGCAAAGACGCCACCUCCGGUGCCACCUCGCGCCACCUCCAAGCCCCUCAUCUCGGUGACGGCCCAGAGCAGCACAGAUUCCACCCAGGAUGCCUACCACGAGGGAAGGCACCCGCGGGGGAGUAUCCUGUGGGCGCCGGACGGUCUGGGCGGCUCGGGUCGAAACCUCUACAACUCCACCGACAGCCUGGAUAGUGCCAAGGCGGUGACGUUGGCCAUGGAGACGGCGGCGGGCAAGCGGCACGCCUCCAUGGGCAGCCACAGCUCCGUGCAGACGUGUGACAAGGCGGUGCUCGUGUCCAAGGCUGAGGAAUACCUCAAAACACCACGCUCUUCCAUAGGGAUUCAGUUUGUUACCUGUAUGAAGACACCUGUCCACUGA